GACCUCGGGGGGAUCCCGAUUCCUGACCCCGACCCGAGGAAUGACGGUGGUCCUUUUCGUGAGAGUGCUGCUGCUGCAGUGCAGAGCAGUGGAGACCUUGUGGUCGUGUUGGGUCGUUCAUUCUCCUCCAUGCACUAAACUGGACUGCUCUAAAUUGCAAGUUAUGAAACUGAGCUAGCCGAGAAUAGUCCAGCGAUUGUCAGUCAAGCCACGAAGUCUAUUGUGUAACCCUAAGUAAGCAAUCUUGGAAGCUCGCUUCUUACCUCUGCUACGGUCGACCGAAUAGGCAGGUUUCUGCAGUAGCAUAGGUUGUCCGCAGCGUGUUCGAAGCAGGAGUAUGUCCCGUCGUGCCUGAUUGUGCUGCAUUCUGCAUUCGUGUUGUCUAAUGAUGAAUAGCGUAGGAGCAUCUGUUAGUCAAUCAGGGUCGCAGGACGAUGCCCAGAAGAAGAUUCGGAAGCCGUACACCAUUACCAAGUCCCGGGAGAGCUGGACGGAGCAGGAGCAUGACAAGUUCCUAGAAGCCUUGCAGCUAUUUGACCGGGACUGGAAGAAGAUAGAGUCGUUUGUCGGAACCAAAUCAGUUAUUCAGAUUAGGAGCCACGCGCAGAAGUAUUUCCUCAAGGUUCAGAAGAACGGCACGGGGGAACACGUACCUCCACCCAGGCCGAAACGGAAAUCCACACAGCCGUAUCCCCAGAAGGCCAGCAGCUCAAAGUCUGGAGCAUGCGGCGACGCAGGGCCCACAUUCUCAGGCGCGGGGAUGGCAGGUCCCCUCCCCUCGCCGUUCCCCCCCGGUGCGCUCAUCCCCUCGGCGUCCGCGGCGAGCCUGGCGUCCCCCUCCUCUUCCACCCCCUCCGCCAUCGCCGCUAUGAGCAUGUCGGGCCUGGGCCACGGGCUGGGGGGGUCCGUAGGCGCGUCUCUGGCGUCUCUGGGAGUGUCGGGCAGCCAUGGCGACGCCGCAGUAGCGGCGGCUGCGGGGAUGGGAGGGAUGGCGGGGAUGGGAGGAAUGGCGGGAAUGACGGGAAUGGCGGGGAUGGCGGGGAUGGCGGGGAUGGCGGGGAUGGCGGGGAUGGCGGGGAUGGCGGGGAUGAGUAGUGGAGGGAUGGGGAGCGGAUGGAUGCACCACGGCAUGCAUCCGCCUGGCGUCGUCUCGCUUGCUGCUAGAGGCGGCGGGUCGGCGAGCAUGGGAGCGAUGGCAGAGGGACUGAUGGCCGGGGCAUCGCAGCUGGUUGGCGGCGCCACCAACAACGCAGGAGCCAUGUGGAUGGCACAAGCUCAGAGGCAACAGUCGUCUGGAAACGUCAGCGAGCAGAGAGUUCGCGCCACGCCUGACUUCGCGGAGGUGUACCGCUUUAUCGGGCUCGUCUUUGACCCCUCCACCUCGGGCCACCUCGCACACCUCAAGGCCAUGGCGCCCAUCGACCGGGAAACCGUGCUCCUUCUCAUGCGGAACCUCUCCAUGAACCUCGCCAGCCCAGAAUUCCAGGAGCACGACGCCUUCAUGCAGCUCAUCAAAGGCACGGGCUGCACCGACGCCUCGCCAGCAGCAGCAGCAGCAGCAGCAGCAGCAGCAGCAGAUGCUUCAGCGCAAGGAGCAACAGCAGAAGCCGCAGGCGAUGCGACAGCAGGAGCAACAGCAGGAACCCGAGAGGCAAAGGGCGAGCCGUCAGCCGAAAUCGCCAAGUCUACGGGCGUAGGAGCUGAGAUGGCCGAGGCGGUGAACGAGGCAGAGGAGAGGGCUGCCAGUGCCAGGCAGACACAGGCCCAGGAGCAGAGCCGGGGCGGUGGUGAGGGCAAAGUGAAGGAGGAGCAGGGCGCGGAGGAGGGGAGCAAGGAGAGCGCUGAUGCGGCAGGCGCAGGCGCAGGCACAGGUGCCCGAGAGGCUGUGUUGGAGCGAGCAGCAGGGGGCGGUGGCGCCGUGGGGAUGGAGAUGGAAAGGGGAGAGCUGAGGCGGACGGAUGAGGCUGUUAAAGCACAGAGGGUUGGCGGGGUCGAUGGAGUCAAUGGAGUCAACGGGGUCAACGGGGCGAACAGGGUGGCCAAUGAAACAGAGGCUCAGCGAUUGGGGGAUGCGCAGACCAGACCAACGUGUGCGGCUACCAGUGCUGAUGAUGAGAGAGGUACAGCCUUUGGUGCUGCUGCUGCUGCUGUUGGUGCUCCAAAUGCGAGAGGGGCAGAGGGUGAUGCAGCAAACGAUGCAGGUGAUCAAAGGGGCGCGGUGGACUGCUCACAAAGUUUGCAGUCAGAAAGGGGUGGUGGCCCUGCUGCUGUUGAUGGCAGUGGGGGAGGAGGAGCACGAGGCGGAGGAGGAGUAGGAGGAGGAGGAGGAGAAGGAGGAGGAGGCGGAGAACACGGACCGGGUACUGAGAGGGGCACGCAUGCAGGAGCCGCUUCGACUGGACCCGCGUCUCUGUCUGCUGGUGCUGGCGCGAGCGCAGCAUCUGCUGCAGCAGCCGCCGUUGCAGCAGCAGCGGGAAGACGAGCAGGAGCAGCAGCAUCAGCAGCAGCAACAUCAAAUCCUUCGGGAGUCCCAAGCCAGCCAGCGUUUGCCGCAAUGCCCCGUUCACAGUCGUCUCCAGUACCCAGCAGCACCGAGCACCUGCUCGCACAGAAGCAUCAGGCCAUGCUGGUCGCCAUGCGCGGCGCCACAAGCAGCGGAGAGGGGGGCAUGCAAGGGAAUGUCCUCCGCAGCUCGAGGCCAGAUAUGCCCCGCAGCUUAGGGGGGGGGAUGCAGGGGGGGAUGCAGGGGGGGAUGCAGGGGGGGGUGCAGGGGGUGAUGCAGGGAGGAAUGACCCUGGGGGGUGAUUCCGAGGAUCUAUUCGCCAUGUCUCAGAUGAUGUCUGGCUGGCCGACCUUCGCUGGGUUUGAUCUGCCAGAGGAUGCCAAGGCGGGUGGUGGUGUUUCGCCCUCUGCCACUCUCCCGGCCGGCCUCACAGCCUCGUCAUCGAUGCCAUACCUGCCGCAGUUUCUCACUGGUGCUCUGCUCAGCAGUAACGACGCUGCCUCUGGCUUGCCCAACCCGUUUUUUGCUGCUUCGAAAGCUGCUGCUACAGCAGCUGGCGCCUCAACAGCAGCUGGUGCUACAAAUUCUGGUGGUACAGCAGCGGGUGCUACAACCGCGGCUGCAACUGCUGGCCUUGCGCCAGGCGAUGGCGUUGCUGCUGCUGAUGCUUCUGCCUCUGCAGAUGCGGGUGCUGGCUACGGCGCUGGCAUGUGGCCCAUAAACGGCUCAGCUGGUAUGAGUGGCAUGUCUGGCAUGCCUGGCAUGGGUGGCAUGGCCGGUCUAUCCCGGAUGACCGAGCUGACUGACUUGACCGGAUUGAACGCCAUGGCUGGCUUGAACGCCUUUGCUGCUUGGCCAGGUAUGCCCAGCAUGGCUGGCAUGGCUGGCAUGGCUGGAGCAGCCAUGGGUGCUGGAGGAGGAACAGUAAGUGAGCCAUCGGCUGAGGCAGCAGCUGCAACAGCAGCAGCAGCAGGGAGCGCGGGGAGUGGUAUGGGGACAGGAGCAGGCGACGGCGCAGAGAAAGGGGCAGGAGCAAGCACUGGUGCAGAGGCACUGGCACGGGCAGGAGCUGGGGCAGCACGAGCAGCAGGGGCAGGCAGCAGUGGUGCUGCUGGUGGUGCCGCUGGUGGCGGUGGUGGUGUGGGUGCUGGUGGUGGUGCGAGCAGUGGUGGGGGCCAAGCGGGUUUGUGGACUGGUGGGAGGGCAGGGGGGGGUGGCGUGGGGGGAGAAGGCAUGGCGGGGGGAGGUAUGGGGGGAGGUAUGGCGGGGGGCGGAAUGGGGGGAAGUGGCAUGGUAGCUACCAUGAGAGGCUUACCUGGAGGCGGUGUUAUGGCAAGGCCAGCUGGCAUGGUCAUGAUACCCGGACAUGAAAUGGGCCAGGGCAUGGGGGGUGGCAUGGGGGGUGGCAUGGGUGCUGCAGGUAUGAGUGGUGCGGGCAUGGGUGCUAUAGUGAUGGGUCCAGGUAUGGGAGCUAACAUAGCUACCGCAGGCUUGGGAGUGCAUGCGCGGCCAGGUUUGGGUCUAGGUCCGGGAGCUGCAGGCAUGGGUUUACGCCCAAGAACUCCAGGUGUGGCAACGGGGGUUGGUAUGCGAGGAGGUGCAGGCACAGGCAUGGCCAUGGGCAUGGGCUCUGCACGACCUGGCAUGGCAGCGGGCAUGGGCAUGGGCGGCAUGGGCAUGGAUCCAGGCAUGGGUGUUAAUAUGAUGGGUCCGGGUAUGGGUAUGGGUAUGGGUACGGGCAUGGGUAUGGGUACGGGCAUGGGUAUGAACAUGGGUGGGAUGCCUAUGGGUUUUGGAGGCAUGGGCAUGGGCAUGAGGCCAGGGAUGGGAGUUACGGGCAUGAGCACAGGAGGCAUGGGUAUGGGUGGCGUAGGGUCAGCUGGCAUGGGUAUGCAUGGCAUGGGUGCCGCUGCUGCAGGUAUGGGAAACUAUGGUGUGAGUGCCAUGGAAAUGGAAGGUAUGAUGGACGUUUCAAUGCCUAUGGGCCUAAGCGGGGCAUCUGAACAUUUUUACAUGCCAGGGAUGCUACCUGGGAUGUUCAAAUUUUCAGGGUCGGGUGGAGCUGUGAUUCCAGGAGCAGCAGCAGGAACUGGGGUAGGUGGACCUUCUGUUCAGUUUGGAGGUCUCACAAAUGGAAUCGCAUCAAGUAGAUGACUGCUGGAAGUUGAAUGGAGUCCCUUUUUUCUCCAAAGCCACCUUGGUUUGAGCUGCAUUUUCGCUCUGUAUUUGCUGCCUACGACUUCAAUUACAUGAGUACUAGUCUGUUCUUGUAUGGCCCAGAGU